UGGUUUGCCGUCGGCAUGUGGCGGAGUGUUGCGCGCAGUCUGUUGUGGCGGCGGCUGCAGCAGCAGCAGCAGAGGUGGAGGCCGCGCGCCUCGUCUUCGCCGCUCGCCGUUGCCCUCGCGCCGGGGCGGUGGGAGGCGAGGGCGCCUCGGCGCCCCUCCAGCAGCCAGGCUGGCUUGCGCGAGCUGUUCGAGCUGCCGGCGCUGCAGCGCUUUCUGGAGCGGCAGCAGCAGGAGCCGGGGCUGCUUCGCGGGGCUUCCUGGCCGGACUUGGCAGCGCGGAUUCGCCUCCUGCGGGAGAAGGAGCAGGAGCUGCGCGACACGGAGCGCCUGGCGCAGGAAGAUGAACAUGAAGAUUUGCGGAAGCUAGCGGAAAAAGAAGCUGUUUCCUGUCAGGAAGAGAUAGCAGAUUUGAAACACCAGAUUGUAUUGCUUUUGAUUCCUUCAGAAGAAACAGAUAGAAGUGAUCUCAUCAUGGAAGUGACUGCUGGAGUUGGAGGGCAGGAAGCAAUGCUGUUCACAGCAGAGAUGUUUGAUAUGUAUCAACAGUAUGCUACAUAUAAAAAGUGGAAUUUUGAAGUUCUGGAAUAUGCUUCCAGUGACAUAGGUGGUUUGAGACAUGCAUCUGCUGUUAUAGGAGGCCUCGACACGUAUAAACAGAUGAAGUUUGAAGGGGGUGUACAUCGUGUCCAGAGAGUGCCUAAGACAGAAAAGCAAGGACGCAUUCACACCAGCACAAUGACUGUAGCAAUUUUACCACAACCAGAUGAGAUAAAUUUGACAAUUAAUCCUAAAGACUUGCGUAUUGAAACUAAACGAGCCAGUGGAGCUGGUGGUCAGCAUGUAAAUAAAACAGAUAGCGCUGUACGAAUAGUCCAUAUUCCCACAGGUGUUGUGUCUGAGUGUCAGCAGGAAAGAUCUCAAAUAAAAAAUAAAGAAAAGGCUAUGAAGAUCCUUCGUGCCAAGCUAUACAGUAUCAAACUUGAAGAAGAGACCAGAAAAACAGAAAUUGCUAGAAAGAUUCAGACUGGGUCCAGAGGAAGGUCGGAGAAAAUCAGAACCUACAACUUUCCCCAGGAUCGUGUUACUGAUCACAGAAUAAGCAGAUCAGUGCAUGACAUUGAAAGGUUCAUGUUGGGGGAGGAACUGCUAGAUGACAUGAUAAAGUCCCUAAGAGAAUAUGCUGAUUAUGAGACUGUAUUGGAAGUUAUUUCUGAAAGUGAUCCAACCAGGCUGAGAUGAUCUGCCCCACAGGUACAGAAUGCAACCAACUAGCUUGCUGCAUCUGCUAGCUUUGGACCUACCUGACAUUGAAAUCUCUCUCUUUCUGUGAAAAAGGGUGAAGUUAGCAUUAUUCUCAAAUUGCUUCUUGAAGCAGACAGCUAUGAUGGUGCUAAGCAAAUUGACACUUGAGACAGAUUUUUGAAUGGAUGCUGGUGCUGUACUCUUCAGAGGUGGGCAAGAAAUUGAGAACACACUGUCAAUGAAUAGCUUUUUUACAGCGAAAAUCAUUCAGUGCAAUAAGAAAGCUAACAUGAUGUUUUAAGUUAUUACAAUGUUGAUACCUUAAUCUAAAACCUGGAAGAAAUUCUAUUGUUUUCAGUGGCACUUGGAUUUGUCACCACAUGUAAAUUUGAAUUUAUUUAUCGUGACAUUGUUAGAAAAUUAUACAUAAGAUUCUAACAGCUGUGUUGCCAGAGCAAGUCAGAGGAUUGGGCUUUUACUGGCUGCCCCUCUGUUAUGCUAAAUGCAACUUCUUUAAAAUCUGAGCCUACUUGUGUUGAAUCCUUUGGCCCAGUUAUGCACAUGUAUCCCAUGAGUAAAGAGAACACUGUUACACUUUC